CAUUCAUCGUUUUUGGCUCCGUCGAUAUCAACAUGUUGCCACAACUAGUACAUCAACUAGUAAGUGUUCGACUGGUUCUGCACGAACAGGCCAACUCCCACAGGCUGGAGCAUCUCGGCUCCGUCAUCUCCAGCUUCUUGGGCCCUUCACCGACGCUGUCACUGAGCUAUGCCUGUCGCUUCAACUCUCUCCAGCUGCUGAACUGGAUUUGGGCCUCCAGUUGUACCUCCCCCGAUACGAGGGCUCCUAAUUGGACCCUUAACAACUACCUUCGAUCCGAACGCCAGUAUUACUUGUGGCAAUUUCGGAAAUCAGCGGAAGUGGCAGCCGAAUGUGGCAAUGUGGACAUGAUGAAGUGGCUGUUCGGUCACUUUUCCAAUUGUUUCGUUCCCGUGGGUGUGGUAGAAGCAGCGGCUAAAAAAGGGCAUCUGCCAAUUUUAAAGUUUUUGCUGGAAAAUGACGCUGGACGGCACUAUCCCCACAGCCACAUGCCAAUGGUAGUGACUGGCGGCAUCGUCCCGCACCAAAGUGUCCCUGAGAUUUCAGAUGAGGAGCAAGGAGAAGGCAUCGUGGUGCAUUGGGGCGGUCGCAGCAUGCUGCACUCCAUCGAGCAAAAACACGUUGAGAUUGCCAAGUGGCUUUGCCAAAACUCGCCACACAAGAUGGACAAUGAUGAAAUUCGCUGGGCGGUUGAAUAUUCUCUUCGAGUUCCUGAUAUGGAGCUGGCCAGGUUUUUCUUGCCACAAGGGAGAUCCAUUGUGGAAUUUUCGCACGAUGAUCCAGACCCGGAAGUGGUAGAGACACUACUUGAAGAGGGAUAUACCCGUCUAGACGAACACUGUGCUGCUGUGUCUAUCUACAUGUUGGCAAGAGUGGGGAGACUGGAUCUCAUGCACCGGAUUGUGCAGCUUCACUCUCCUCCUCGUGCUCGACCUCGAUUCGACUGGUCUAGUGAGUGGUUCUUCGCUACUAAAGAGGCCUGCAAAUUUGGAGAUGUUUCAGUGGUCAAAUGGUUGAUGGAACAUCCCGUCGGACUGCGUGUUGCCGAGGCAUAUCAGCAUCAUCACAGUGCAGGACCUGAGCAUUUCUUCUGUUUAGCUGCGGAGGGAGGACACCUCGCUGUGAUGAAAUAUCUCCACGAACAAGGAUACUCGGACAACUUUAAAGACGCCGCUGUCCUGGCUGUUCGUAACAAUCAUUUAGACACACUGAAAUGGCUACUUGACACCCAUGACUUCCACACCUACGGCUUCAUGGUUGAAGAAGCUGCGAGACAUCGACGCAUUAGCAUCCUGCAGUUCUUCCACCACAAUAUUUCGUCUGGCGAUCGUGAGUUUUUGCCUCCAUUUCGCCAUGCGAUUGAUGUCGCUGCUACAAACGGCCACUUAGAUACAGUGAAAUGGCUACAUGAGACUCGCUCUGACGGAUGCACUUCACUAGCGAUGAACAGUGCAGCGGGAAAUGGACAUCUUGACGUGGUUAAGUGGCUUCAUGCCAAUAGAACCGAAGGCUGUACCACGAGAGCCAUGGACCGAGCAGCUGGUAAUGGCCACCUUGAGAUGGUGGAAUGGCUUCAUCGGAAUCGAUCGGAAGGCUGUACGACGAAUGCAAUGGACUUGGCGGCGGCGAAUGGUUACUUGAAGGUGGUCAAGUGGCUCUAUGUGAAUCGAUCCGAGGGAUGCACUGUUAAGGCUUUCGAGAAGGCAAUGCAGAACAGUCACUUGCGCGUUGCCUGGUGGCUGCACGCGCGAUAUCCAAAGUGGAAUCCCUCGAUUGACACUCUGCAGAUCAAACCUCCUGAUCAGUUCGACAUCUUGCUCUUUUUGGAUGAGCAUUUCCCCAACAUUUACGAUACUCAAGACUAUGAUCAGCCGGUUUUGGCUGUCGUUACUGAGCCAGACGAUCGUCACGCGAUGACAUGGAUGCGGGAGAAACACAACAUCAUUAUUGAGGAUCACGACCCGUAGGUGAAAAGCACAAUUUCGUUUGCUCGGAGCUGAUUUUUGCACGAUGACGCUUAACUUUUACAUUUCAAAAAAAAUUGUGAGACCAAAUAAGAAAAAAAGGACUUUAACUCGACU